AAUUCCGGUGAUUUGCGUCACCAAAAGCCCGUCUGCCCCCACCGCGACCGCAGCCAUGUGAUAGACUCAACUCUACACAACUCAACUCUACUCUACUCAAAUCUGACUCGCUGUCAGCUCCUGCUCCGCGUGACCGGCUCUGCUGGACAAUGCACAUCUAAAACUUGGUUGAUGUUUUUACUGGACGGCCAUGUACAGCUCGUCAUUUACCGCGCACGUUGUUUUUCUGUGUGUUUUGUUUAAAUGCUCGUUCUCUGUACGGGAAAGUCUCAAAGUCAGACGGGAAUGGAGUGGUGCUGGACUGAAAGAGCGCCGGCUGCCUGAGCUGAGACUCUCCACGCUGCACUUGCAGGACAUGUGUGUCCGUGUGCGGCUCUCUGUCCAGACUCUGUUGGUAAACGAGACGCUGGUGAUAAAGUUCAGCGACUCUGAGACGGGUGACUCUGACACGCUGCUCAUGCAGAUCUACAGCAACACUAUUAGGUGGUCCAGGAGUAGUGGUGAUCAGCUUCACACCGCUAGAAUUCAGACGCGUGAACUGACAUCCCAUCAGGCCUUUUGGACAGUGCGGUAUGACUGUUUCCUGACCCAGCCUGGGUCCACCGUCAGCGUGUCUGUUCACACUCACAGUCAUCAGCUCAUCAGUGCACAUCACGUCGUAGAGCACACAGUGCCCAAAGCCAGUGUCACGGUGGAUGAGCAUGCUAAACGCUUCACUGUACGAAUGGAAACAGCCCAGAGAGUGAGGAUGAGCCUGUGCUAUAAACCUUCACAUGCAGAAUGUUUUCAAAUAACCCAUUUACCCGAGACUGACCCCACGCUUCAUCCGAGCGUGGAUCUGAAGUUGCCCUACCUGGUGCCUUGUAUCUGUGUGCAGCUGUGGUUUCCAGUCCCUGAUUCCAGAAGAAACACUCAGUGUCCCUUAAAAGAGAGAGCACUGCCACACGGAGGUGAUAUCUUGUCCUCGAGCUCAGCUGCAGUUCGUGGCUCUGUUCUGCGUUGGGAGCCUCUCUGCCCCGCUGACCAAUCAGAUCCCUCUGUCUCUCUGUGCUGGCGAAUCCACACGCAGAACUCUCUCUGUGUCCCCGCCCCCAACGCCACCCUCUACGGGACGAAACUGGAAUAUAAUGUGUCUGCUGUAGACAGACACCCUCAGAUGUGUGUGAAGUUUUCUCUAAAUGGCAGUCAUCGAGUCUUCUGUCCGUUCGAGUCAGAGGGCCGCUCCGAGUGGAGUGUGACAGUCAUCCCUGGAUCUCUGCACCUGCGCCUGCUCCUGACCUCCAGUGUCCCCGCUUCGUUUGCUGCUCAGCUGUGCGCCAGACAGGGAGAGACGUGUUCAUCUCAAGGAAGCAUCAUCUCACAGCGAGGGGACGGGGGCGCCACUGAGGCCGAGCUGAGCGUGCCCUUCCCCUUCCUCUCAUCAGCACUGUGUGUGCAGGUGUGGCGCUCGGAUCUCCGUGGAAGACGAAUCAUUUGUCCUGACUUCACACACAGGCGCUGGGGUCUCAUCACUGGCACUGCAGUGACUCUUCUGGCUGCGGUGACCGUACUGGUCUGCAUCAUGUACUACCUGGUCAAAAGAAGAACAUCAGUGUGGCGGAGCGCUGAGAGACGUCCCGUGCUGCUCGUGUGCUCAUCCGAUGACGCCGCGCACGUCGCUGCCGUUUGCAGUCUAGCCUCCGGCCUGCAGGGGGAGCUCUUGAUGGACGUGCGGCUGGCGCAGUGGGCGUCCUCUCUGGCUCAGCUGGGGCCCGUGCCGUGGCUGUACGGACAGUGUCAGGCCGUGCAGAAGGCCGGAGGUCUCGUCCUGAUCGCCUGGAGCCCUGACGCCCAUCAGGCUUUUCUGAGACGGGCGAAGAGCGAUUGGGUCGCUGGAUCACAGUUCUCUGAGACAGGGCUGUACAGUGCUGCUGAGGAGGAAGAGCAGAAGUGCUGUGAUGGAGAAUGGAUGGAGAAGCCGGUGGAGUCGUCCUCUAUCACGGCUCCUGUGCUCGACGCCGCCCUCUGCUGUCUGUGGACGGGAUUACACAGCGAUGGCCACGCCAGGGGGUUUGGACUGGUGUGCUUCCAGGGCCUUAACAACAACAGCAGCAGCACUUACAUCCCCAAACAGCUCCGCUGUGUCCCGAAGUACUGUCUCCCCAAGGACCUGUCCUCUUUAAUACACGACCUGGCCGACUCAUGGGACGGAAGUGGAGAAGCCCAAGGGAGUGGGCGAUGCUGGCCCCGUCUUCUGUCCAAAGCGCUGUCCUUCUUCAUGUCGCGUCAGCUCGCGCCCAGACUAGAGGCAGGACUUCCUGGGCCGGGCCUUCCCAAGUCCUCACGGAAAUCAGUGAAAUCAAAGCGAAAGACGCGGAGGCAAAAAAAGCGAAGAAGUAAAGUGGUAUCUGCGUGUUUGUCCAGAAAGAAACACACUGCACCAGAGCUGCUAGUGAAAUCCUAGCAGGAUGAGGCGGCUUCUCUCUCUGCCUGAACUCACACUGUCCUCCUAUUCUUUGCAUGCACCGGUACUCAGAGCAAAGGAGAAAGACAAUUCAGAGGUGAUUCCAGCUUUACAGUCUGUCCAGCAGGGGGCAGAAACCUCAAACUGCUGUCUUCAAGUCUUCCUGUGAGGUUCCUGGUAAACCACUGGCUCUGGAUGUGAGGAGAGAACCCUUUGCCUUGUUGGCCAAAGGGCCCUGGUGUCCAGCUUUCAUUUGGCAGCUACUGUUAUCUGGAGCAGCCUGAGGCUCCGGAGGCCCCAGCGAUUCUGUUCAAGGGAUUUCAAGCAGAUUAAAUCCGUCACUGUUUUAGCACAAACUAUUCUGGGCAAUGCUUGAAACUUCGUAUUGUUAGCACUUCUCAUGUUAUCGCCUGCAUAAGGUGAAUUGCUGGCUCUAUUAAUUUACCAGACACUUUUAUCCAAAGCGACUUAAAAUUGAGGAAAUACAGAAUGAAAUGAUCUCCCAACAAAGACUCAGAGCGGUUUUCAUGGCUUCUGCUAUGAUUUUUCUGAAAGUAAAAAUGCACCCAACCUGUAAAAUCUGGACUCAAAGGAAAGCUACUGUAACUGUGACAUUGUGGUGCUGUUCUCAUAUGAUCAUUCUGACAGCUGAAGGCAGCCAUGAAUAUCC